CAUGCGCCGGCCGGCUCGGUAGCGGCGGCCCCGAUGCUGCUGCAGCCCGCGUGCGCCCCGAGCGUGUUCCCGCGGCCGCCCGCCGCCCCCAGCGCCAUGCACGGCUCGCAGAAGGACACCACGUUCACCAAGAUCUUCGUGGGCGGCCUGCCCUACCACACCACCGACGCAUCUCUCAGGAAGUACUUCGAGGGCUUCGGAGACAUCGAGGAGGCCGUGGUCAUCACCGACCGCCAGACCGGCAAGUCCCGCGGCUACGGCUUCGUGACCAUGGCGGAUCGGGCAGCAGCUGAUAGGGCUUGCAAAGACCCUAACCCUAUCAUUGAUGGGCGAAAGGCCAAUGUGAACCUGGCCUACCUGGGUGCCAAGCCUAGGAGCCUGCAGACUGGCUUUGCUGUUGGCGUGCAGCAGAUACACCCCACCUUGAUCCAGCGCACCUAUGGGCUGACCCCCCACUACAUCUACCCGCCAGCCAUUGUGCAGCCCAGCGUGGUGAUCCCUGCCACCCCUGUCCCAUCGCUGUCCUCGCCCUACCUUGAGUAUACGCCAAGCAGCCCAGCCUAUGCCCAGUACCCUCCAGCCGCCUACGACCAGUACCCGUACGCCGCCUCACCUGCCACGGCCACCAGCUUCGUGGGCUAUGGCUACCCAGCUGCCAUGCCCCCAGCCUUGUCCGCCGCUGCACCUGCGGGCACCACCUUCCUGCAGUACCAGGCACCUCAGCUACAACCUGACAGGAUGCAGUGAGGCGCGUCCUGCCUAGGGCCACAGCCACCACCUGCCAGCCUCGGGAGCCACCAGCACUUGGGUCUCCUCGGGCCCCUGCCGAGGGCACCAGACAGCUUCUUCUCCAGCCCAGGCCCUGCUGUGCCUUGAGGAAGGACAUGAGGAGUAAGGGGUACACCCUUGGGGACCUCUGCAGCCACUCCAUGCCAGGUGCCUUACUCUGGGAUGGGUGCAGACACGCCCCUUCCUCUUUGGAAACCCCGCCCACUCCCUUCAGUCGGAGUACUGCGCCAUGUCCUUUUGGGAUUGUUCUGCUCUGAAGGCAAGACCAUCAUCACCAAGAACCCUGAACAUAGUUUCUACUUAGAGGCUGGCUUUGGUCAAUAGUUCCCCUGUGGAGACAUUGACAGUAUUUCUCUGUGACAGUGUCACGGAUGGGAUGCCUGGAGCCACCCCUCCCGCACAGGGUGGUCAUCACCAGACUGCAGCCAUGCAGGGUCCUGGGUUCCUGUCUGUCUGGUGCUGCCCACCUCACCUGCAGAGGUCCUCGUCAGGGCGGAUUCUCAGGUGUCUGUUGCUGUGCCAUUGAGGCCUUCUUCCCGGCCCUGCACCCUCUAGGCAGGCUCUGCCCACCCCCCCGACCCUCCUACCCUCCUAUGUCACCUGUGGGCCAGUCUGGGAGCAUGGCCGGGCUGCGCUGCGCAGAGGGAGAAGUCCAGCCCACGUCUGGGAGGGGUGCAGUGAGCAUCCCUGGCAGCAUGAGCUGCCCGCAGGCUGGGCAGUGGGUCCCUCCACACCUACCUCAGGGAGCCAGUGUGAAGACACUGGGCAGUACGCCUGCUACUCAAGCCCAGAGGACAGAGGGAGUAAUGUUAUAAUAAUAUUUUUAUUAGAAUGUUCUGAUUAUAAAAAUAAAACAUGUUUUCUUUAAAGAAAA